UUUGAUAAUCUUUUGGCUGAAGUUCCCAUGUGAAACCGUGAAACGUUUGCCGCCUGCGGGAAAAAACGAGACUUGUACGCGCGUCGUUUUCGUUGUUUUUUGGUUUUCCGUUUUUCCCUGUACAGUAAAUUUAUUUGACUUUAUUCGCAAAGUGGCCGAAAAGUCAAAACGUGUUAAAGCGUGCGAAAGAAUCAAAUUCUGGCCAAAAUGUGGUCAAAAAGUGUGCGAUAAUCGAUGUAAAUAAAAUAAAACGUGAAGCAAAAAAAAAAAAGUUAAAAAAGUGCCAAACCAACAAAUGUGGCAACAAUUUGGCCAUUUCUGCGUGUAUGCUGUUGUUUGAGCCUGGGCCCAAAACAAUCGACAACAACAACAGCAACAACCACAGUGGGAAAUAACUUAGGCGAAUAAAAAAAAAGAAGAAAAUACGAAAAUAAUAUCUAAAAGAUUCACUUAACGACCAAUAAAGUAAACCCGACCCGACGCGACGCGACGCGAAGCGAUGUUCAAGUGCAUUCCAAUCUUCAAGGGCUGCAACCGGCAGGUGGAGUUCGUGGACAAGCGCCACUGCUCCCUGCCCCAAGUGCCCGAGGAGAUACUACGCUACUCGCGUACCCUCGAGGAGCUCUUCCUGGACGCCAAUCACAUCAGGGACUUGCCCAAGAAUUUCUUCAGAUUGAAUCGCCUGAGAAAGCUGGGGCUGAGUGACAAUGAAAUUGGACGCCUGCCGCCGGAUAUACAAAAUUUUGAAAAUCUUGUCGAGCUCGAUGUUUCACGCAAUGACAUACCCGACAUUCCCGAUGACAUCAAGCAUCUGCAGAGCCUCCAGGUGGCGGAUUUCAGCUCGAACCCGAUACCCAAACUGCCAUCGGGCUUCACACAGCUGAAGAACCUGACGAUACUGGGCCUGAACGACAUGUCGCUGACGACAUUGCCGGCGGACUUUGGCAGCCUCACACAGCUCGAGUCGCUGGAGCUGCGCGAGAAUCUGCUCAAGCAUCUGCCGGAGACAAUAAGCCAACUGACGAAGCUCAAACGCCUCGAUCUGGGCGACAACGAAAUCGAGGAUCUGCCCCCAUAUCUGGGCUACCUGCCGGGUCUCCAUGAACUCUGGCUGGACCACAACCAGCUGCAGCGACUGCCCCCAGAGCUGGGGCUGCUGACGAAACUCACGUACCUCGAUGUGUCCGAGAAUCGGCUGGAGGAGCUGCCCAACGAGAUCAGCGGUCUGGUGAGCCUCACGGACCUCGAUCUGGCACAGAAUCUGCUCGAGACACUGCCCGACGGCAUAGCGAAACUGAGUCGUCUGACCAUCCUCAAGCUGGACCAAAAUCGAUUGCAGCGAUUGAACGAUACCCUGGGGAACUGCGACAAUAUGCAGGAACUAAUCCUGACCGAGAACUUCCUCUCGGAGCUGCCGGCCUCCAUCGGACGGAUGACGAAGCUGAGCAAUCUGAAUGUGGAUCGGAAUGCCCUGGAGUAUCUGCCGCUGGAGAUCGGCCAGUGCGCCAAUUUGGGUGUCCUCAGUUUGCGCGACAACAAGCUGAAGAGGCUGCCCCCAGAGCUGGGCAACUGCACGGUGCUGCAUGUGCUGGAUGUGAGCGGGAAUCAGCUGCUGUAUCUGCCCUACUCGCUGGUCAAUCUGCAGCUGAAGGCUGUGUGGCUCUCGGAGAACCAGUCGCAGCCGCUGCUCACCUUCCAGCCGGACACGGACGCGGAGACGGGCGAGCAGGUGCUCUCCUGCUACCUGUUGCCCCAGCAGGAGUACCAGCCGAUUACCCCAGACUAUCCAGCCACGACGCUUUAUAGAUCAAGCGAAAAGUUCGAUUCAAUGGAAUUCUUCAGUUAUCAACAGAAAGCACGCGAUCUGGAAUCGGAUUCGGAACCGUUCGAGGAGCGAGAGCCAUCCCGCACGGUGGUCAAGUUCUCGGAAGAGGCCACCCAGGAGAGGGACACGCCCUUCGUGCGCCAGAACACGCCGCAUCCCAAGGAUCUCAAGGCCAAGGCGCAAAAGCUGAAGGUGGAGCGCAGUCGCCACGAGGAGCAUGCCAAUCUGGUGACGCUGCCAGAGGAGAAUGGCACCAAAGUAGCGGAGACACCAACCGAGACGCGCACCCUGGCAAAUAAUCACCAACAGGCGCCACCGCAGCCAGUGCAGCCACCGGUCGUUGGUGUAAAUUCCAAGCAGACCUCCUCCAACAACAGCAUUCCAACAGGUGCCCCUGCAGCACCUGCCGCAGACAACAACAGCAGCAAAGGCAGCAGCCACAACAACACAAAGGCGGCAGCCCCAGCAGCUGUUGUUGAGAUUGUGGCGGCAGCUGCAACGGUGGCCGCAGCCUCCGAAGAUGUGCCGGACGACGAAGAGCAGGAAGAUGAAUUCGAAUCCGAUCGCCGUGUGGGCUUUCAGGUGGAGGGCGAGGACGAUGACUUUUACAAACGUCCACCGAAACUCCACAGAAGGGACACUCCCCAUCAUUUGAAGAACAAACGCGUUCAGCAUUUAACCGACAAGCAGGCCAACGAAAUACUGGCCAAUGCCUUGGCCACCCAGGAACGCAACGAAACCCCCACACCGCCGCACUCAUCGCUGGGCAAAGUGACGUCGCCCAUUGAGGAGGAGGAGAACGCCGAUAUCGAUGUCGAUUCCGAGGGGCAAGAGUCACAGUCCCAGACCCAGCAUCCAUUCGACGUCUCCCUAUCGCCCAUACCCAUACCCAUACCCACUAACAAGACAAAGGAGGGAGGGACACAAGAUAACUUGGAUGGCGUCACGGAGCUGCGUUUGGAGCAGUACGAGAUCCACAUUGAGCGCACGGCGGCGGGACUCGGCUUGAGCAUUGCCGGUGGCAAGGGAUCCACACCGUUCAAGGGCGACGACGACGGCAUCUUCAUAUCGCGCGUCACCGAGGCGGGACCCGCCGACCUGGCCGGCCUCAAAGUCGGCGACAAAGUGCUCAAGGUCAAUGGGAUUGUCGUGGUCGAGGCGGACCACUAUCAGGCGGUGCAGGUGCUCAAGGCCUGCGGCGCUGUCCUCGUGCUGGUGGUGCAGCGUGAGGUGACGCGUCUGAUUGGACAUCCGGUGUUCAGCGAGGACGGCAGUGUGUCACAGAUCUCCGUGGAGACGCGUCCUCUGGUGGCCACAGAGGUGCCACAGUCGCAGCAAGAGAGAUACAUUCCAGCGCCCAUCGAGAUAAUGCCCCACCAGCAGCAACAGCAGCAGCAGCAGCAGUUCCAGCAGCCACAACAGAUGCUGCAGCAGCCUGUAGUCCAGCAAAUGGUGGCUCCGGCGCAUGGCUAUUCCGCUAAUGUGUUUGCCACACCCCCAGCUGUACAGAGCAUCGUGGAGCCGGCCCCCAAUGGCCUGCUACCGAAUGGCAGGGAAGCUGCUCCGUUGAGCUACAUCCAGCUGCACACGACGCUGAUACGCGAUCAAAUUGGCCAGGGACUGGGCUUCAGCAUUGCCGGGGGCAAGGGCUCGCCACCGUUCAAGGACGAUUGCGAUGGCAUUUUCAUAUCACGCAUCACGGAGGGCGGACUGGCGCAUCGCGAUGGCAAAAUCAUGGUCGGCGACCGGGUGAUGGCGAUUAACGGCAACGAUAUGACGGAGGCGCAUCACGAUGCGGCCGUGGCCUGCCUCACCGAGCCGCAGCGCUUUGUGCGGCUCGUCCUGCAGCGCGAGUACCGCGGCCCCCUAGAGCCGCCCACAAGUCCGCGCAGUCCCGCCGUACUCAACUCGUUGAGUCCAUCCGGCUAUCUGGCCAAUCGUCCAGCCAACUUCCAGCGGUCUGCGGGCGAUGUCAGUUACGUCGAGCAGCCGUACAAGUACAACACAUUGGCCACCACCACACCCACCACACUUGCAUCCGCAGCUGUGGCACCUGUGGCACCUGUGGCAGCCAACAACAACAAUAACAACACGCUGCCAAGCAGCAAAACGAAUGGAUUUGGUGCUGCCGCCGGCACUGCGAUAGUGCUGGACAAGACGACGGGCCAGCCAGUGCCCGCCCCGAGGCGCACCAAUUCCGUGCCCAUGGGGGACGCAGAGAGUGUGGCGCCCAAUGGGGCGGCCUCCACCGCCAGCGGUGAUUCGGGCGAGGCUCAGGAGGUUGUACUGCCCAAGAAUCAGGGCUCGCUGGGCUUCAGCAUCAUCGGCGGCACGGAUCAUUCCUGUGUGCCGUUCGGCAAUCGUGAGCCCGGCAUCUUCAUUUCACACAUUGUGCCUGGUGGCAUUGCCUCAAAGUGCGGCAAGCUGAGGAUGGGCGAUCGUAUACUGAAGGUGAACGAUGCGGAUGUGUCCAAGGCAACGCAUCAGGAUGCGGUCCUGGAGCUACUGAAGCCCGGAGAUGACAUCAAACUGACCAUACAGCACGAUCCACUGCCACCUGGUUUCCAAGAAGUUCUCCUGAGCAAGGCCGAGAACGAGCGCCUGGGCAUGCACAUCAAGGGCGGCCUCAACGGACAGCGCGGUAAUCCCGGGGAUCCCUCCGACGAGGGUGUGUUCGUCUCCAAAAUCAACUCUGUGGGCGCCGCCAGACGCGACGGAAGGCUUAAGGUGGGCAUGCGGCUGCUGGAGGUUAACGGACACUCCCUGCUGGGUGCCUCGCAUCAGGAUGCGGUCAAUGUCUUGAGGAACGCCGGCAACGAGAUCCAGUUGGUUGUCUGCAAGGGCUACGACAAAUCCAAUUUAAUUCAUUCCAUCGGCCAGGCGGGCGGCAUGAGCACCGGAUUCAACUCCUCUGCAUCCUGCAGCGGUGGCAGUCGUCAAGGCUCUCGCGCCUCGGAAACGGGCUCGGAGCUCAGUCAAAGUCAGAGCGUAUCCAGUUUGGAUCACGAAGAGGAUGAGCGACUGCGACAGGACUUUGACGUGUUUGCCACACAGAAGGUGGUGGAGUCCGAGGCGGAGCCAACGAGUCAGACGGGUCUGGCAGCUGCUGCUGCCCUGGUGCAUGGCGCCCCAUCGCCCGUACCCACCACACCUACGCCGCCUGCGGCAGCCGCUGACUUGGCACCGCCAGCGGACACAACAGCCGCCCAGACCGUGGCGCUUAUUCACGCAGAACAGGCCCACCAGCAGCAGCAGCAGCAGCAGCCGCAGACGCAGUUGGCGCCGUUGGGUCAGGAGAAGAGCACCCAGGAGAAGGUGCUGGAAAUUGUACGCGCCGCAGACGCCUUCACCGCUGUGCCACCGAAAUCCCCGUCCGAGCACCAUGAACAGGAUAAAAUACAAAAGACGACGACGGUUGUCAUAUCGAAGCAUACGCUCGACACGAAUCCAACCACACCGACAACGCCGUCAGCGCCGUCAGCACUCCCGCCCAUUGGCUCUGCAGCGGAGUCAGUGACCGCAGUUGCCCCUGGAGCUGCCGCCGUGCCAGCUCCCACUACCACUACCACUCCCACGCCCACGCCCACUCCCACACCUGCUCCAGUGCCCGCUGUGGCUGUGCAGACGCAGACCCCCUCCGAGGACAAGGAUGAGGCGGAGCUGGUGCUACAGUCAACACCUGGCGGCCAGGAGGCGGCAGAGCCCACACCGACACCCACAAAAGUGCCUAAAUCGGUUUCCGAUAAAAAACGCUUCUUCGAAUCAGCCAUGGAGGAUCAGCACAAGCCCACACAAAAGACAGAGAAAGUUUUCUCAUUCCUGUCAAAGGACGAAGUGGAAAAGUUGCGACAGGAGGAGGAGAAGAAAAUUGCAACAUUGCGCCGUGAUAAGAAAUCCAGAUUAUUGGAUGCAGCCAAUGACAACAUUGACAAGGACGCUGCCAGUCAUACCGAUAAGCGCUAUGAUAACGCCGGCAACAGCAGCGGCAGCGGCAACGACGACGACGACGACGACGACGACAGCGACCAGGAGGCUAACGCACGAGAGGAUGCCGUCGACAAUGCCGCUUUGGGGCGCUUCGAUGAGGCGGAAGACAUGAGAACCGCACAAAGUCUGGCGCCGACACUGCCGCACGCCCCCAUCAAAGUCAGCAAAAUCCCCAAGCAGAAGCAGAAGGAGAAGGUAAAAGCGAAGGCGGCUCCCAUCAAGCCUGCCACGGCAACUGAUCCGCCCAAGCCCUCGCUGCUGCCGAAGCCAAAGGUCAAAGUUGUCAUUCCGCCAGCACUGCAGCAGCGCCUCAAGCAGCAGCAGGAGCAACAGCACCAGCAACAGCAGCAAUCCCAGCCAGAGGAGCCCACCAUACCCGAGGACCUUGAGGAGGAGCUGGCGGCGACAUCUCCCACCAGCAGUCGGAUACCCGUGCGCACCUUGAAGGCUGAACGCCGCGCCCUGGCAGCGGCCGCGCGGCAGGCGGGCCUCGGUGUCGACGAGUACAUAAGGCGGCUGGAGGAGGAGCGACUCCAGGGCGAGUCGCCGUCGUCGCCAACAUCGCCAGCGGCCCCGACAACGCCCACAGGCAAGAGCCGGGCCAUGAUUAACUCUGAGAAGCGUGCCUCCUGGAGGGCAGCCCGUCUCCGGUCCCUCGAGCAGGGCGCCGUCGAGGCCCAGGAUGUCAUCAAGAAUAUGCGCAAGGUGACCGAUGAUCUGAUCACGCACGAGUCGAGGGCCAGCGAGGCUCAGCCGAAAAUAGUAUUUCCAAAAAUUGCCAUAAAAUCAAGCGACGGUCCAGUAAUUGUACGCGAACGCGAGAAAAUACUCGACGAGAAAAUCGUGCGCCGCACUGAGGAGGUUGCCUGCCCCAUAACGGGGCGACCUCAACUGCGGACCGUCGAGUACAUUGAGAAAAUCAUCGAAACGGAGGUGGAGACCUGCAAGGAGCGCAUCAUUUCACUGGAGCUGCAGGUGCCCGAGUCGGAGGAUGGCACUUUGGACGAAACACAGCCGCCAUUCGAACUGGAGGAGGAGGAAGAUGAUUUCGAAGAUGCUGCAGAAGAUGACGACGAUGACGACGACGACGACGACGAGGAUGAAGAAGAAGAGGAGGAAGAGGAAGAUACCGCCUCUAUUGUUACCGUCCAGGGCAAUAAUGAGAAACUGUUUUUGCGACACGAUUCGGAUGCCUACGGACCGUCCUCCAUCGAGAGCGUCACAUCCGGCAAGAUGCGCAUCAAGCCCACGCCGCUGUCCCUCCACCAGACACUGGCCAAGGAGACGACCAUCGUGGAGGUACUAAAUCCCGUCAUCGGGGGCGAUGGCACUGCCCGCACCAUCCACGUGAGCGGGGUGCCGUUUGACGAUGACGAAUUCGAGCAGGGGGCCGUGUCCGUGCUGCGUAGCGAAACAUUUGUAUUGCCCCAGAGCGGCGGAGGCGUUGUGGGCGGCAGGUCGGAGCUGUCAUUAAAUGCAAAAAUGAAAACUGUGCUCGAGGAGCUGCUGGAGAACGAGCGCGUCAAAUUGAAUUUACAGAAGAGCCUCGAGGAGCACAGCGACAACGACAACGAUGAGGAGGAUGGGGAGGAUGCUUUUGGCGAUGCGAGGGACGACGACGAGAGGAGCGCCUACGGUGAUGCCAUGGACGAUGUUGUUGACUUUGGUGCUGCCCCGGUCACAACCCGUGGAACUAAUGACCAGGAUGAUGCCGCGAACGGCAAUCAGCAGCUGCUCGAGGAGCUGAUAAAGGACAGCAACCGCAACACAAUCAUUGCUAAAUUGGCAGGCCAAUUGUCCGACGAUGAUGACGAGGAGGAUGACGACGAGGAGGACGAAAGCAGCGACUCAUCAGACGAGGAUAGCGACGACUCUGACGAGGAGGACAAUGCCGAAGAGCAGCUGAAUGUUACCUAUGUGCAGGGCGCCCAGGUAAUCGAGAAUCUCAAUACGCUGGCCACCGGCGGCAAGCUCCAAAAGUCGCAAACCUACACCACCAUGAAGCAGGCCGAGGAGGAGCACCCCCAAGCCGCACCCGAGCCCGAAACUGAAGCUGAGGCUGAUCCCACUCCAGCGGAAUCCCAGUGCGGCGCCGACACUCUGGCUCAGCUGCAGGCCGAACAGCGUGCCCUGGCCGAGAUCUCAAAGCAGCUGCGCAAGUCUGUCGAGGAUUUGCUCAGCGCCGAUGGUGGCACUGUGGUGGAGACACAGCGCACCUACACCCUGCCCGCUGCCAGCGACAGUGCGGCGGUGGUAACCGUCACGGAGGUCGUGAGGAAAGAGAAGAAAAAGGUAUCCUCGGAGUCGGGCGAGGCUCUGUUCAACCGUCUGCUGAGUGCCGGCGAGGCGGAGCGCCAGAUCUUCGACCAGCAGCACGGUGAGACCAUCACGACAACCACCACGACCACAGAGGCUGUAACUAGCGCCGGACAGGGAGCGACAUCAGCCGCGGCGGCGGCAGCGGCAGCGGCAGCGUCAGCGUCAGCUGGGGAGCCAAGUACCAGUGUGGUGACCACCACGAGGACCGUGUCAAAUAUUGUUACCAGCGGCAUUCCACGACCGGAGAGCACUACCAAGCAGCAGAGCAAUCGCGGUGGCAAUGGCAGCAAUAACCGCAACAAGAACAAGCGCAAGGGAAAGAAGAAAUAGGAAAAAGAAUAAAAGAGAAGGAAGGAGGAGAUGAGAUUGCGUAUACGUCAUGUGCACAAGAAAUAAUACGAGUCGCUGCAGCGGUCUGACGUAUUCACGAUGACUUGAUCUGAUCCUUCUGUCAGCAUUCCGAUUGCCCGCAUUUUUUCGGGGCAUACUCCUCUUAGUUGUAUCCAUAAGCAAAACGAUUCGAGACGAAGCGAAAACAGACACAAAUCAAAUAUCGUAAUCGUACUAUUAAUCGUAAAUAAUAGUGAAUAGCAAUCUGUAAGUGCAUCGUCCAGUUGUAAUCCCUAGCAAGUAAACACACAAUGCAUAAGCACAACUACGAGUAUGAACUGUCGACAUCCUAAAGCGAUUUCAGUUUCAACUUUUAUAUGUAUGUAAAAUGUAAAUGUAAAAAUCUUUACAAGCAAUUUUAUGUAAUACCUACCUAUGAUAUUUAGUGUGUAAACUCAACUUUUUAUUGAAACGAAACUAAGAGAAAAGCGAAAAACGAAACACGAAUGAUAAUAAACCAAUUGUAUGCAUUUUUAUUUAAA